AGAUGAGAUGAUAGUUUGUCUAUGGACGUGAAUGUUUGCAUCUGCAGCAGUGAUGUUUGUUUUGAGACUCAUCAUAAGAUCCAGUGAAUCCAAAAAGAUGAAACGUUCUAGACAGAAGCCAAAGUUGCUGUCUUUUUGUUUUGCCUGGUUCCUGAUAGCACAGAAGGGGGUGGAGUCGGAAUGCGGUGUGGAGACUCUAAGGAAAGGAGCGACGUGCGAAAGCGUGUCAUGUUGAACGUGUUGAAUUCUCGGUUCUGAUUGGUCAGAAGGCACUUCUUAAACAUUAAUGGAAUUUGGCUCUUAUGGUCAGCUUUGGUGGUGCUGGGGUUUGAACUCAUGUCCAUCCAAGCAAAUGUCCAAUGCCUUAACCACUAAACUAUUAUUCGAUCUUAACCACUAGGUUACUACUUUAACUGUUCAGUGUUUCUUAGAAUGUUCUUCCGUUGUCCAUGGGAGUAGGGGGUCCCCAAUCACCAGGACCUUGGACCAGUAACGAGUCGUGGACCAUUUAGAACCUGGCCGCACAAAUACUGUGUUUUAGAUCUCACCAAAGAGUACAAGGAAAAUGGAGAGCCGAUCACGGAUGACAGCACCAACCUGCACAAGUUCUCCUACAAGCUGGAGUACCUGCUACAGUUUGGCCAGAAGGAAAAGUCUUCGUUUCUGGGCAUGAGGAAAGAUUACUGGGACUACUUUAGCGACUGUCUGGCCAAAAUCAAAGGAGCCAACGAUGGCAUUCGCUUCGUCAAGUCUAUUCCUGAGCUAAAGACGUCGUUGGGAAAAGGCCGGGCGUUUAUCCGUUACUCUCUGGUGCACCAGCGAUUAGCUGACACCCUUCAGCAGUGCCUCCUGAACCAGAAAGUCACCAGCGACUGGUAUUAUACGCGGAGUCCCUUUCUGAACCCACGUCUCAACAUGGACAUUGUAAACUCUCUGUACGAGCUCAACGAAGUCCAGUUCGACGUUGCAUCACGGGGUCACGACCUCGAUUCGGACUGGCCCACUUUUGCGAGGAGGACUCUGGGUAUGACCAGCUCUCCAAGUCACAUGUGGAAAGCACCGAGCCGCAGCUCCAGCAUUAACAGUCUGGCCAGCUCUUACUCACAGGCCAACGAGUUUCCCUGCAGUCCGGAGUUUGGACAUAGCUUGCUCAAUGAAUCUGCCGAGCCGUUGUCCACUGUGGACGAGCUUCGUCUGGAGCUGGAUCAGUCAGAGCUGAAACAACGAGAGCUGGUCGAGCACGUUCAACAGCUUGGCAUUGAAGCCACCGAGCUCCGUGUAGUGGUGGCUGAACUGCAAAGGCAGCUGGACGUUUCGUUAGCAGCUCAGUCCAACCACCAGGAGCUUCAAUUCAAACUGGAGGCGUUGGCUAACCGGGAACAAGCUCUGGCCCAAGAUUUGGAGGUUCUGCGGACGCGUGAGGCUGCAAAAGAGGCAGCAAAUAUGGAAGUUCAGACUAAGUUAGCUGCUGCAGAAAAAAAGAACGAGAAGCUGAUGUCUAAACUGGAUGUUGUCCUUGAAGAGAAAGGGCUGAAAACAGCCAGCCAGUUUGAUUCAGCCCAAAAGAUCCAUGAACUCCUGGAUGGACUGAAGGAAGCAGAGAAAGGCAGAUUAGAAGCCCUAGCACACGCUGAAGAGAAAAGUUUGCAGGCCGAACGUCUGGCAGAGGAGCUCCGUAUGAAACAGCAAGUCCUGAGAGACGGAGAAGCCAAAAUGGCCACUUUGACGGAGAAGGGCACGAAGCUGGUGAAGCAGGCUGAAGAACAGCGUAAUGCAAUGGAUAAACUCCAAGAGGAGCUGUUGGUGAGAGAGAAGGAAGCCAGCAGUCUUCAGAAGGACCUGCAAGACCUUCAGCACUGUCUAGAGGCGAUGGAGCAGCAGGCUGCCGAAGAGAAGAAAAGGGCAAUGGAGGAGAGAGAGGUGCUGCAGAAAAAGCUGAGCUCUCUAAAAGAAAGCCUGGAAGGAAAGGUGCAGAACCUAAAGGCGCAACUCAAGGGUAAAGAAACUGAGCUUCUUGUUUGUAAGAAGAAGAUCCAGCACCUGGAGGGUGAAGCUGUAAAGAUAGUGAGAGAAAAACAUGGUCUGAGUGAGAGUAUAGGAAAACUUGAGAGUAACAUCAAAGAUCAAAGCAGGAUGAUUGAAGAAUACAAGGAGCAGUGCUCCAAUCUCACGGAGAUGAACAGCAAGCUUCUCCAGACUGUCACGAAGAACGAGGACACUAAGAAGGAGCUGCUGGAGAGCAAGUCUGUGUUAGAAAUUGAUCUGGCUGAGCUGAGGGCAUCUGAGAAGCAGCUCAGAGGUCUGCUUGAUGACGCUAAAGUGACCGUGGAUGAAAGGGAACAGCGAAUGCGUGAGGAGAACCGCAGCCUUGAUGAGAAGCUCCAAAAAGCAAGCAUGCAGGUCAAAGAGUCGGAAAGCGUCAUCCUAAGGUUGGAGCAGGAGAAUGCAGAUCAAAGGGAGGAGCACCUAAAGACUAAAGGUGCUCUCACAGCUGCACAGGACGAACUGCGGAAACUCACAGAACAGGUCAAGGAGCUAAAGAGUAGCCUAGAGGUGGCAAGUUGUAAUGAAGCGAACCUCACAGUGCAGCUGAAGGAGCAGCACUCGCAGCUGGAGGAUCGAGAGAGGCUUUGUGAGGAGCUUCAAGAACGGCUUGAUGAGCUGGAAGCUCAAGAGGGAGAGCUGGAGGCAGGGAAGGCAGAGGCAGAGCGAGCCUUGGAGAAGCAGAGGGAGAUGAUUGAAAGAUUGGUGGUCCAGAAGAACGCAGUCGAAAAAGCUCAGCUGGAGAUGAGCGCCUGCCGUGCCAAGGAAACCCAUGAUGUGGCCUCGAAAGUAGCACUGCUGGAGGAGCAGCUGGCUCUAAAUGUUAAAGAAGUGUCCAGGCUUCAGGGGGAAGUGAUGGACUUAAAAGCCAAAUUGCUCUUGUCCGAGGAGGAGAAAGUAAAGAUCCAGACUAAGCUGGAAAUCACAGAGGCCCUUCAAGUAGAGCUGCAGACAUUGAUAGAACAACUCAAAAAGCAAGCAGAGGAGCAGAACCAAAAUCAUAUCAGUGAACUUUUACAGUCCAAGCAGCACCUUCAGGAGCUAUCGUCUGAGCUACAUGCAGAAAGAUCUGCGCUUGGUAAAAUUUCAGCUGACUUCGCCAGAGCAAAGGAAGACCUGGCUGUGCUAAAGACCCAAAAUGAACAACUGGUCAUGGAGAACGCCGAGAACCGAGAGGGACUCCAUGGGGCCAACAAGGAGAUGGCCGAGCUGGGGAUGACCAUCUGCAGGCUGACGGCAGAACGCGAAGAAGCUCAGGAGCGCUGGGCAGCCCAGAGCAACCGGAUCCGUGAGCUGGAGGAACAGGGUGAGCGUCAAACGGAUCGCCUGAACGCUAGCAUGGCGUCGCUACGGCAGGAGAACACCAGUCUGCGGGAGGAGCUGGUGCAAAUGGAGAAGCUCCCGGGAACGGUGCUGGAGCUGAAGGAGAUGCUGGAUAAAUCGGAGAGCGAGAGAGAUGUGGCACGUGAGGAGACGGCAGCCUUGAGGUUUCAGAUGAGCUCCGAGAACAUGGCGCACAAAAACCUUCUCAAGAGCCUAAACGAAGAGCUUGAGAGCUUAAAAGCGCAGCUGAAGACUGAAAGCGAGAAGACAUCCAGCCUGGAGGUCAAAGCAGCAGAGUUAGAGCAGCUGAAUUCGGAGUGCUCUCAACUGAUGGGAGAGAAAGAUUUGCACAUCGCCAAGACCAAGAGCUUGAUUCGCUGUGGAGAAGAUGAAAUCCAGCAGCUGAAAGAGAGAAUGACAUGUGUGGAAGAGGCUCUGGCAGUAGUGCAGACGGAGCGUGACGAGCUGAAGGAGAAGAUGGAAAAGAUUCGGUCCGAGGCUCAGGUCGAGCAAAUCAAAAUGGCCGCCGAGAUCGAAGACCUCAGCCACGUGAAGACGACGCUAGAGGAGCGGCUCAUCGAGCUCAUCAGAGAGAAGGAUGUUCUGUGGCAGAAGUCUGAUGCUCUGGAGUUUGAGCAGAAGCAGAGGGCUGAGGAACGGUGGUGGUUAGUGGACCGAGAAGCUACACACUGUCUAAGCUGCAACAGCCACUUCACAUGGUGGCUCCGGAAACAUCACUGCAGGUUGUGUGGGCGAAUCUUUUGUUAUUACUGCAGUAAUAACUUUGUAAGUACGAGGUCUGGGGGGAAGAAGGAGCGCUGCUGCAGGGAGUGUUACACACAGCACAGUGCCGUGGUGGAGAGAUUCACCAGCUCCGAAAUCAGCAGCUCCGCCCCCGACACACACGCAGCCAACGCGCCACCAUACAUCCCUACACCCAGAGUUACAGUGACCGAGCCAAAUGUAAAGCUGGAUGAUGGAGUGUUCGACAUCAUCACUGACGAGGAGGUGAACAGACUCUACGAAAGCGACACACACUCACAAAAUACCGACGAGGCUCAGGAUGGAGAAGCUGAGAGCCAGAACACUCAGGACCUGGGGAUUUCUGGUGAUACUGUGGCUGUUGAGGAACAGGAGGAAAUGCCCUCAAUUGUACAAGAUGCCGAAAUCCAUCUACUCAAAUCCGGGGAACUUGGCUCCUCAGUCCUGCUGCACAUCAACGAAAUCCGGCAGUUUGGCGACGCCUCCCGCGAGCUCUUCGUCAAGUCCAGCUGCUACAGCGUCGUCUCGGUGACGGUCCACGAGUGCGGCCACGCCAUCGGCUGGGUUUUCUCGUCCGAGCAGAAGAGCAUCUGUUUUAGCGUGGUCUACAAAGAAUCCGUGGACACGCCUGAAGAGCAGACCAAGGUCCUGAUCCCCCUGACGCGGUGUAACUCGCACAAGGAGACCAUCCAGGGCCAGCUCAAAGCCAGAAACCCAGGAGUCUACACACUCAUCUUUGACAACUCCUACUCCAGGUUCAUCUCAAAGAAAGUCAACUACCACUUGACCACCGAGAAGCCCGUCAUCUAUGAUGGAAGCGACUGCCUGUAAAUGGAUUUUUUUGCUGUGUUUUUUUUUUUUUUUGGCUUUUCUGCAUUUUUAAGUAUUUUACCCUCAGGCACGUGAGUCUUUCAGGUUCCAUUUGGUUUUUAAAAAAAAAUUAAAGCACUAACGGAACGAGA